GACAAGAUGUCUGCCUAUCCGUCUCAGGAGUUUCGGCCUCUUAAAAAGCCGAAACUAGGCCCACCAGACGUGUAUCCCCAAGAUCCAAAGCAAAAAGAGGAUGAAUUGACAUCAGCAAGUGUGAAGCAUGGUUUUAUCAACAGCCAAACUUUUGGUGAUGAGUAUGGAUCAGCUCGAAGAGAAAACAUCAACCAAGAACAGUUUGGAAAAGAAUUUAUUUCAGUAUUGGAUAAGAAGAAAGAUGUCAAUACAUUUCAAGAUACAUCUAAAAAGAAACAAUGUCCUACCAAAGACAAUUUUUGGCCGGCUGCCAAAAACAAGAAUGCUAUGGAGGCAUGGUUUAAGGACUUGGCUGGAAACAAGCCAUUAUUCCAACUGGGAAAGAAGGUUCCUACAUUUAACAAAAGAGACGAGCUAUUUUCCACCCUAUGUGAGUUCUCACUGCCUAUGAUGAAGGCAGCCUGGAUGGUGAAGAUGACUGCAGCCUACAACACUGCCAUGCAAGAGAGUAAGAUUAAGAAACGACAGAUGGUGGACCAAUCUGUUGAUUGGUGCCAGUCACUGACCAAGUUCAUGCGUGACCAGAUCCAGAAGAUCCAGGACCCCUACCACGGCACACCUGGGGGACCUACUUCAGGCUUUCUCACUGUCUCCACCAAUACAAACAUCCAAGUUGACCUUGAUCUGGCCAUUAAACAGUGGCACUACUCCUGUAAACUGGCAAGGCAUAUGUAUGAUGAAGGACUACUGGACCGUAAUGAAUUCCUUACAUGGCUGAUAGACUUGCUUGAGAAGCUUAAACAAACAGAAGAUACAGUGCUUAAACUGGUCAUGGCUCAGGUGUUACAGUACCUGGAUGAAAUUACGAUGUCAGUGCUAUUGUCUCGUCGCUUGGCUUUCUUUGCUGCAAAGAAGAUUGCCCAGUUAUGUGGAGAUUCUGGAGGGGCCUCACCCCAAACACAAUCACCUAUGGUUAACAGUACUGGCACCACUAUAGCUGCAGCCAAUGGUAACAUGGCCAUGCCUCAGAACCCACUGGCAGCUGUGUUCUCCCAGUACAACAACUGUCCUCAGCAUCGCGGCAUCAUCCUAAGUCUGAGUGCCACUCUCCAGGUUAUCACCCUGUUGUGUCCCACCUCUCUCAUAUGGAACACGCUAGGUGACAGCAAGACAGCAUCAUCUGUACUGUGUGGGUCAGCUCUCGACCUCUUGCCAUGUGCUCCCUCAAGUUUACCCAUGCCACCAGGUCCAGAGAAUCCCCAAAUACGAGCUCAGAUCCGGGCAGUGGAGAACCAGUUGAAAAUGCGUGGACGUGCAGCAGAGGUGCGCUGGUCUUCUGACAAAUGUCAACAGUCCACUAGAGGUUUUACCAUCAGUAAGAGACUGGAGGUACUGGACAUGCUUGAUAGACACAACUUUGACAAAGUGGACAGCAACAACUCACUGGACACUCUAUAUAACAAAGUCUUCUCUCUCCAUCAGACCAAGGAAGGUGUAGAGCCAAUACUUGCCGAUGAACCCAUCAUCCACCUACUGAUCGAUUGGGCUGUCAGUACACAGAGGACUGGCAACUACCGUGCAGUUGUGGUCGCCAAACUUCUGGAGAAACGGCAAAAUGAGCUUAGAACUGAGAAAUUUGGUGACUCAGAUAUGAUAGAUGACAAAGAUUCGCUAGGGUCUGAUGCCAUGGUCCCCUCUGGACUCCCUGCCUUUCAGAGUCUUCUCAUGAGCUUUCUGGAUGAAAGAGCACCAGUUCUAGAUGACAGCCCAUCAGAUGACUGUAGACAAGGUUUUGCUAACCUUAUACAACUGUUCUGUGAACUGAUUCGUCAUGAUGUGUUCUCUCAUGAUGCUUAUAUGUGUACCUUGAUUUCACGUGGUGACUUGUCCUCUCCGACAACUGUGCCCCAGAUUGGUGUGGACAGCAUGGACCUAUCCAGCAUCAAAUCCCUCACUGAAUCGAUCAAGCAUGAGGUAAUGCACCAGGAUGAUAUUAAAGUUGAUAUGGACAUCAACACGAUGGAAAGUGAUUAUGUCAGUCUGUUUGACUGUGUCAAGGAUGAACACAAACCAAGUCCUGAGGAGCCUGCCUCAGUCAAGUCUGUUAAGUCUGAGAAAGACCAGCCUAUCCCCAGUGUUGGGGGUCACACACAUGGAGGCAUGGAGACCAUACAACAGCCUAAGGGGCCUUCACGUCACAUGAUAUACGCACAGCAUUUCCCCAUUCCUAAAGAUGCUGUUCAUGAAUGUAAUCAGCGUGGUAUUGUUAUGUAUGGUGUAGGUAAAGCUAGGGAUGAUGCCAGACAUUAUGUUAAAAAGAUCUCCAAGGAAACACUGAAAUUAUUCAGUAAGAAAAAUUGUGUGGACACAGGUAGUGGUGACCUCGGGAAGGUCAAAAAGAGGAAGGAAAAGGAACCAGGUGACACAUCUCUUGCAGCUGUGGUUACAAACUUUGACCAAAUUUUUGAAGUAAUUUUCGGGAAAUACCAAAAACUUUCUUACUUUGAUCAGCAUGCAGUCACCGCUCAGUGUACAGAUGCUGUACUUGAACAGAUCAACAGCUUCACAAUGGGAAACUCCAGUUAUCUGCCCCUGGUCGACAAUAUCUCAUAUUUAUUUGAUUUGAUGGAAUACUCUCUCAAUAUAUAUGGUCUCCUGGAUUUCUCUGUAAAGCUACUGAAGGAGUUAGGUAUGGUGGAGCACACAUUGAGCAGCCAGAAAUCAAGUCUAGCUGGAAACUACACCACUUUUCUCUGUCUCUGUAUUGUGGGCGUGUUCAGGAAGUACCACCCCUACCUCCUUGUCUCCCAAGACCUCAUCAUACAGGCCUUCGAGGGUUUGAUUGGUGCAGUGAAGGAUGUAUAUAAUCCAGCAGUGUGUACAUCGGCGGAGCGAUGCAUUCUGGUGUAUCUCUACAAUGCAUACACCUCCUGCAGCUAUUUACGGGAUAAGAAGUCUGAAAUGUUCAGUAAUUCUUUUAAGAAGAUAAAGAUGACACUGUAUGCAGACAUUAAUCCCUCUGCUUCUAACCUGCUGUGGGAUCCCUCCUUCAUGAUGGACUUUAUGGCCUCUGUCAAAUCCCAGCCAGACACAUCGCUGACCAAACAGCUUUAUGACAAUCCAGCCAAUCGCUACAGCUUUGUGUGUAAUGCCAUGCUCAAUAUAUGUAACUCGCAGAAGGUUGAUAGACUCAACAGUAUCUCUGUGCUGUGUGCUGAGUUGACUGCUCGUUGUAACAGUUUAAGUUCGGAGUGGCUGGGAGUACUUCAGGCUUUGUGCUGUUCAUCCAAUCACAGCUGUGGAUUUAUAGAUGUGCUUACACAAGUUGAUGUAGGUGAUAUGUCCAUACACGACUCCUUGGCUGUGUUCACUGCCAUCCUCAUCGCACGUCACUGCUUUUCCCUGCAAGACUUGGUUGUCCAUGUUGUUCUGCCAUCACUCCUGGCUGCCAAACCAUCAGCCUCAGGUGACCAGGAUGCAGAGCCAGGAGCAAGACUGACAUGCCACAUCUUAUUGAAGCUAUUUAAGACGUCAGAGGGACCACUUAGUUGGAAAAAUCAACCGAUGUAUAAUCGGGCUCCAUCUAAUAUUAAGGCCUCAUGUGACCGACACCUACUGGCUGCCGCCCAUGAUAGCAUAACAGUUGGGCCUGUUCUAGCUGUACUUAAGGCUAUGCUCAUGUUAAGUGACCAGACAACAGAUGAGGUAAAGUCAAAAUCUAAUGCAUCUAACAAGAAAGAGGAAAAAGGUGGAGACAUUAUCAGUACUCUGCUGAACAGUCUUGACAACGACGAUGACAACAUGAUGUUUGGGACAUCCCAGUCUAAAGGAGGGAUAGAAAGUGCGGGGUUGAGUGAAUUUGCCAAGCAUGCCUUGAAGGAGAUGUGUGCACAAGACUGGGUUCAAGAAAAGUUCCUCAAGAAUCCAGAGUCAGUCCUCAGCUCUGAUCUUCUGCUCGAUCCCAUGCUCAGUAACAAACAGGCACAGCAGCUGUUACAAAUGAUAUGUUAUCCCCAUGGAAUACCUAACCAGGUGGAGGGAAGUGAACCAGACAAUAGACAGGUCAUUCAGCGGAUACUACAGACACUCAAUCAGUGGGGUUUACGUGUAUCCCUCCUGGAGCUGCAGCUGAUGUUGAAACAGGCCACCACCCAGUCUGAUACCAACUACAUAUUGGAGAAUGUGGCAAGGGGAUCUAUAGAUCUAUUUCACCAACAGACAGAGAGCAACAGAGGCAUGAAUGACUCAGACUCCCUGUCCCAGCAAGCUAACAGAUCUGAAUCUGAUGGAGUUUGGAUGGUUGGUCCACUUAUCUCCAAACUUCAGGGUGUACAAGGACGUGUCCUAAAGCUGGCUGCCCAGGUUCUGGAGACAGGAAAUAACUUCCUUUCCAAGGGAAAGUUUGAUAAGGAACGGAAUCUGAGGAGUAAGUCCCUACUAGGUCACCAACCCUUCCUGUCCCUUGUGCUCACCUGUCUAAAGGGGCAGGAUGAACAGAGAGAGGGAUUACUCUGCUCCCUUCUAAACCAGCUGGAGAAAUUUAUCAACAAUUGCAAGGAGGCCCUGGACAAAACUCCGGAUGAAUUCAAGGUGCGACAGACUAUCCAUGAGGCCCUACAACUGCGUCUUUCCCUGGUUGGAGGAAUGUUUGACACUAUACAGAGAAAUACUACAAACACAACAGACUGGGGGAUCUUACUCCUGCAGCUUGUAACCAAUGGUAUAGUGGAUGCUCAAUCUAACAAUGAGCUCUUUACCAUCAUCCUUGAUAUGUUGACUGUUCUCAUCUAUGGGACACUGAUAACGGAGGGUCCGGAGAAGGAAGACAACAAACGUACUUAUCUUAACCUCAUCAAGAAACUCCGGCGUGAGAUAGGGGACAAGAACUCCGACUCCAUGGAUAAGAUUCGACAGUUGCUGCCCCUCCCUAAGAGAUGGUAUGAGGUAAUUACAUGUGAGCCACAUGGAACUCAGAUGGACAACAAGGGCAAUAAAUACAAUGGCUUUGGAAAAAAGGAGGGUUUACAGGUGUCCAAGAAAGAGAAGAUCAGUCCAUGGGAGGUGAUUGAGGGCUACAAAAACCCUCCACCCCUCUCCUGGUCUUACUUUUGUGCAGUCAAACUUGAGAGGAAACCACUCAAGUAUGAGGAACAACACAGAAUGAUGUUGUUUCAUACCCACUCACUCCGUCAUCCUAUUAGUCACUACCUUGAUCCUCCAGUACUACCGCCUGAGGACCUUGAACCACCGCCGGAGAAAGUGGAGGAAAAAGUUAAGGAGCCAGCAGAAGCACAUCCAGAGAAGCAACGGAAGAAACCUAAUAAACGACGUAAUCCAAGGACCGUGAACAACAACUUUCCUCCCAAUCCUGUACCACGGCUGAACUACCCUGACAACACUGGUAUGUACACAACGCCCCACCCAAGCUGGAGCUACAAUCCCCCCCAGCCUCAGCAGUCUUCAUUCUAUCCCCAGCAACAGAUGCCACAAGGUCCAAGGUACAGCCAGCAACUCAAUUAUGGACCAAAGCAGGCAUUGCAGACAUUGAUACGUGGUCGAACCAACCCCAACACUUCAAACUACCCUCAGAACAUACAGCAAAUGCAUAUUAUGAACAAGCAGAUGCUUAAUCGCCAGGUACGGCAGCAGCUGCGCCAAACAUUCCAGAACCACCAGCGAGGCAUGCCUGACAGUCAGGGCAUGUUCCCAAACCAAAUGCAGCCUGGUGGCAUGCAGAGUAUGAAUCAACCACAGAUGGGGAUGCAAUCCAACUAUGGGACAUCAUAUGGUAUGCAGCCUCAGCCAUCUGGCAAUGUGAUGGAAACGGGUCCUCCAGGGGCAGGGAUGAUGUCACAGCAGGGUUACAGCCAGUCCUAUCAGGGCUCGCAGUCCUCAGGCAUGAUGCCUGGAAUGGGGAACCAGCCAAAUUAUAUGGCCCCGCAGGCACCACAAACAGCUCCUGUAGGACAGUCCCACUUCAAUACCACUUCUAGGCUACAGCACGGGAUGGGCAAUAGUUCUAUGCAGAACCCAAGCAGUACAAUGAGUGGUAUGACAUCAGGGAUGGCAGGAUACAACCAGAUGGCUUCGUCUGGACCAUCCCAACAUCAGCAAAAGACCGGAAAUGACAAAUUGAAAUUCUUUCAUCAACCUACUUCAUCCUCUUCAUCCUCAUCUGAGGAACCGAAGGCAAGCUCAUACAUGCAGAGGAUGGGACCACAUCAGCAACAGCAGCAACAACAGCAACUACAAAUGCAGCAACGCAGAAUGAUGCCCAUGCCUAACCAGCAACAAAUGCAGCCAAAUCAAGCAGCCCUCAUAUCUCAGCUUCAGCGACAGAUUUCUGUGGGGCCAGGUCAGGCACCAGGGCCGCAGUACAACAAUUACCCACAACCUCCACAGUACCAGUAGAUCGAUGUCUGAAGGAGCAGACCAAGUAGACCGAUGUCUGAAGGGCAGACCAUAAUAUGAUAGUACAUCAAUUACCCUCAACCUCCACAGCACAAAUAGACCGAUGUCUGAAGGGAGACCCUAAUAACACAGUACACCAAUUACCAACAACCUCCACAGCACCAAUAGACAGAUGUCUGAAGGGGCAGACCAAGUAGACUGAUGUCUGAAGGGCAGAUCCUAAUAACACAGUACAACAAUUACCAACAAACUCCACAGCACCAGUAGACCGAUGUCUGAAGGGCAGACCCUAAUAUGACAAUACAACAAUUACACACAACCUCCACAGCACCAGUAGACUGAUGUCUGAAGGCAGACCCUUAUAACACAGUACAUUAAUUACCCUCAACCUCCACAGCACCAGUAGACCAAUGUCUGAAGGGCAGACCCUUAUAACACAGUACAUUAAUUACCCUCAACCUCCACAGCACCAGUAGACCGAUGUCUGAAGGGCAGACCCUUAUAACACAGUACAUUAAUUACCCUCAACCUCCACAGCACCAGUAGACCGAUGUCUGAAGGGAGACCCUAAUAACACAGUGCAACAAUUACCCUCAACCUCCACAGCACCAGUAGACCGAUGUCUGAAGGGCAGACCCUAAUAACACAGCACAGUGCAACAAUUACCCUCAACCUCCACAGCACCAAUUUUUAUAAAAAUGAUUGUUUCUUUUCAGUACAUGCUGGCUUCUUUCUGUUUGGUCAUUGCCUUUUCACUGUGAAGAUGGAGGAAGUGUAUGUAGAUAGAAUCAAUAGAUUUACAUGCCUGUUUUUAUCUGUAAAGACUUUUUGUUGCGCAUUCAUAUCUGCAAUGUUUUAUGAAAAAGACAUUUUUAGGUUAUGAGAUAUUUGUUCAGUUUUGCUUUGAAUGAAAUUAUAUCUUAUGAUAUUGAGUUAAAAACUUAUUAAUUACUGGCAGUUUUCUUACAUUGAUGAAAAAUUCACUUGCUAAAUAAGAAACUCACUUUUUAAAUAUGUUGUUCAUUUCCAUCACAUAUAAAACAUUUAUGUACAUAUGAAACAGAAAACUGAUGGUAGGACUGCAGGGAUAUCUUAUAGACAACACCUUUGUGAAUAUUAAACAUGUGUUUCCUCAGAGAUGAACAAUUCCUCGCAGAAUUGCAUUAAUUUAGAGUGAACAGAUGUUAAGUACUAAGUAAGUUUUAAAAUGUAAUGAUCAUGUAUUGAUCCUGUGAAGUGAUGUUGACAGGAGCAUACACUUUUGUGAG